CCCACCACACCCAGCGAGGCCCGCGCUGAUGAUGUCCAUUCGACAACCCGAAUCGUCCAUACAUUUGGGGCUUACCGAGGUUUGACAUCAGGAGACCACCGGCCCAGCCAAAGCAGACGGCGAUCUGCCAAGAUCUACAGGGGCCCCCCAUCUCUGUCAGUCAUAGAACCAUUGUCACGACACCUCCAACAUGGCUGCAAUUGGAUAUGACGAGGUGGCCGUGAUGGACGAGGACGUGAAAGGCGACAGCCACGGCCGCGGCAUCCGCAUACUGGAGAGGUCCUCCCUCUCUAGGACCAGGAGCCUGUCGGACGGAGGCGCUACACCACUGUCGUCCUCCCCACAUAUACUCGAAGCAUCGAGGCGCGCAUCCAAAGAUGACAGCUCCCUGAUCAUGGACAGGAGCCAGGAUGCAGCCGCCACAGCCGCUUCUGCUGCUCCCGCUCCCCCCGUCACCCCUCGCCGCCCCGACAUCUCCUUUCGCGGACUCUCGCUCCAGAUAUCCAAUGCCGAUUUCGCCUCGCCCGCCCAGACACCCAGCCACGCCAAACUCGCCCCCUUAUCCCCGAAGCUCGACCAUUCCCAGAUCUACGCUUCCCCCACCAACAUCUUGCCCAGGCGGUCGCGCGGUUUAGAUUUCUCGAGGGCGGCCACCAGCCUGCACCACUCGACCCUGGCUGAGCAAUCCUCGCCCGACUCGUCGCCGACUAUCGGUGGGCGCGCCAUGAACAUCCCUAGCCGAAGUUCCGGAGAAUAUGGACUCGAGCAGCCGGUCACGUCGUUGUGGUCGAUGAUGGGCAACCAGGAGCGGAUGCACGUUUCUAGUUCCGUCGGGAGUGCGAACCCCCUAGCCUCGGACUCUUCUUCAGGCUCUGACGACGACGACCCUAUGGAUGACGAGAUGGAAGAUGCCAUUUUCAGUACGCCGCAGGCUGUAAGGGCCAACCCGCACGGAGGCGUCCUAUCAUCCGGCACCGCCGCCCCCUGGAUGACCGCGGCUUCGUCGACCAUUAGUAGCCUCUCUAGCUUCCGAACGAGACCCCGGAGGCAACCUAGGAGGAAAACGCGGGGUCUGACCGGACUACCGUUCAGUCCUGCCCACCCAGCGGCGCUGUCCAAAUCGCCGCCUAACAACGUGGUGAAGGAUUUUCGAGAUGUUACUAUUCCGCCUUCGCGGAGAGAAAGCAUCAGCUGGGCUGCCAACCAACUGCACAUCUCGGGGAGCGAGAGCGAGGAUAGGUCUAUGGAUUCUGGCGAGGCACUAUCAAGAGAUGGUCAUCGGGGCGUAAUCAAGCGAGCUGUCACGAGGAGAGGCAAUCUUCUUCCGAAAACGAAAGGAUUUGCACGUAUCCGUGCUGCCCUGGCGGAAGAAAGCGCGCCAAUAGACUCCGAGGUUCGCCGAGAAGCAGAAGUCAUCCGGCAAGUUCGCGAAAGCGAUAUGGAUCUGGAGCCCCGCGUCACCCCCGCCGCACCCCUAGCUUUAGAUACCAGCAAUAUUUCUACCACCCGGUCGUCACCAAAUCCGACUACGGCCCAAGAGUCACUCGACGAUAUACCAGAAGACGAUAUGAUGACCGAUUCGAGCGCGUCCAAUAAUUUUAAACAGCAGGCCGUGAAGAACUCGAAGGGUAAGAACUUUUGGGAAACAUUCUCUGAGACGAGUAGUGCUAGAGUCACUCCGCCGCCUCCGUCCAUUAUGCCUAGAGGCUCCUCGUCCGGGAUGAGCGAAGAUGUGAAUAUGGAUUCGCCUUCCCUGUCAGCCGGAUCUGGCAGCGCCAGCCUUUUCGGCUUAGGCCCGGGGAGCGGGCAGGUGACCCGCGGACCCGGAAGCGAUGGGCAAAAGUCGGAAACGCCGCAACCGACGUCGGUGUCUGUAUCUCAGGGAGGCAACAUCCCCCCCACGGCAGCAGAAAUCACCCGCCGUAUCAACAACAAGCGUCGUAGAGAUGACGACUUUGACCCGCACAGCUUCAAGAGGCGGGCGGUGAGCCCCGGUAUGAGCGUGCACAACUCUCCAAUCAUGCAAAGUCCGCUGCAACGAGACAUGGCCCCGUGGGGCUCCCGGCCGGGGAGCAAUCACGGCGGAGACAGGGCUCCGGGGACGCCAAGCGAAAACGGCAGCUCCGGUGGUAACAACGGCCCUUUCGGUAGCAGCGGAAGGAGCGUCAGCGGCGCCAAAGGGCGGGUUGGAUUCCAGGGCAUGGUUGAUACCAACGACGGUCUGAUGCGUAUGAGCAUCGAGUAACACGAUCCACAUCCGCAAUGUGUGACAGCAGUGC